AUGGUUGGCUGCGAGUCACCUAAAACGGGACAGGAAUCACUUAGUGUCGUCGGGGGAGAUACGGCACCCUACGCACAUCACACUGUUGUAACGGUUCAAUGUGCUACUGGCUACUUGGAGCCUCUGGAAGGCCCAGGUUCAUCAACAUGUAAUAAUGGAACUUGGGAGCCAGAUCUUAGCCAGACAAAAUGUCAAGCUCCAUGUUUAGCACCUACUGGGACUUUUCAAGAAGGUAACACAUCACUACACGGUUCAAUAACCAACCUUACCUGCAUGCUCAACGGAGACUCUGCAUUGCUCGAAUGCAACGACGGAGUUUUCUCUGAUCCUACUUUCAGAUGUCCAGUUUGUUCGAGACCAGACGAUAUAGACACUAAUAUCGUUCUGAAUUCAGGUGUAGAUACAUUCUAUAAUGGUGAAUUUGUUAGUAUCACCUGCGCAGAAGGUUCAAUGUUUAGUGGGAGUGCACCAUUCACAUUCUGUUCCGCAUCCGACAGUUCGUUCCAGACCACUUUAUCUGCUAUAACAUGCAACUUGGAUUGUUAUGACCCUGCAUUAAACCAAACAACAUUGCUAUCUACUGGUGAUGUGUACACUCACCAUUCAACUGCUUCGCUAUCUUGUGCCGAUGGAUACGGAAACCUACAGGGCGCCAAUCAACUAACAUGUAACAAUGGAACAUGGGAUCCAAGCCCAAGCUCAACUUCAUGUGAUGUUUAUUGUCUGUCGCCACCAAAUGCGGACCCAGAAGGAUCAUAUGCUCCGGGUGAUAGCGUGGAAUUUACUUGCCAAUACGAUAACUCGAUGUCGCUCCUACUCACAUGCAAUGGGGAAGCAGGACAAUGGGACCAGAAUCUAGAAUGCCCUGAUCCACCAACAACAAUGGAAAUAGGAACAACAGAGACGACAACAGAUUAUUUACAAACGGAAACUGACAUGCUUAUAACUAGUACAGCAGAUAUAUACAACACCGAGGUGACCACCGAGAUGCAAGAAACUAUGGAAGGGCAUACUUCCGAAUCUGAAACAGCUACAAUAGGGAAAACUGACAUUACUGGUGAUUUUAAGACAGACACAACUUCAACACCAUCGACGGAUUUUCCGACAGCAACCAUUUACCAGGGAACAGAAGACGCGACUGCAGUAGUUUUAACGGACGUUACCACGACUGGAGGUUCUGUUGUUGACGUAACAGAAAUUCCGUUUGCUACCACUUUAAAAAAUUCAUUUUCUUCCGAACAAAUCACUGAAUUAGAUGUCUCAACGAGAACUGUAGAAACGACAGACAUGUCUUCAGAAGUGUUGACGGACUUAACCGUUAGCGAAGGAUUAACAGAGGACGCAACGAGUGUUCCAACUUUAACGACUAAAGUUAUCACUGAACAAACAACUCGACAAGAUGUAUCAUCUAGAACGAUUGCCAUGACAGACCCAUCAACAGAAGGCAUAACUGACUUUUCUGCUUCUCUAGGAUUUACGGAGGAAGUAACGGACAUUUCAACAGCAACCGAACCAUCUACUGAGCUCAAUGCCUCUACAGGAACUUUAGGUGUAACAUACAUAUCUACAGGUGUCACAUCGGACGCAAGGCCUACCACUAUCCCUACAGAGCUUACAGAUGAAAUAACGAAUACAUUGAUACCAACGACUGAAAUAGUAAAUGUACAAACCACCGGACAAGAAUUCUCUACAAGAAUGACACCAAUGACAGACAUGACCACGGAAGUCGUGACAGACGUUACUGUUACUGAAGGUUUAACGCCAACAAAUGAAAUUUCCACAGGUCGAACCACAGAACUGGGAGUCUCUACGGGAACAACACGUAUGACAGACAUGACAACGGAAGUCAUGACGGACGUUACUGCUACUCAAGGAUUAACGCCAACAACUGGGUUGUAUAAAGAGCAAACCACUGAAUUGGAAGUCCUUACGGGAACAACUGGUUUGACAGACUUAUCUACGGAAGUCAUGACGGACGCUACUUUUACUGAAGGAUUCAGCGCAACGACUGGAGUUUUCACAGGUCGAACCACUGAACUGGGUAUCUCUACCGGAACAACAGGAACUGGGCAAACCCAAUCUAGUUCUGUUCUGAUCACAGAUCAAACGACUGAAAUAACUCCACAUCCAACAACUCCACAAGAGACAGGGCUCACAUCGGCUAUAAAGACAAUGGAGCCAACUGAAAGAAGAACGACUAGCCCGAUCGAGGAAGGUUCCACUGUUCUUGAAGGCACUUGGGUCAUCACAGGAAUCAAUGGUACGGAGGCAAAUUUCACGGAAGAUCUAAAUGAUCCAAACAGCGAGGCAUACAGAAAUUUGGCGGAAGCUUUAGAAAUGGCGAUCAGAGACCUGCUUGUCGAACAGCUUGGUCAGACUUCCCUUAUUGAGGUACGUAUAGAUGGGUUUUCUGCUGGAAGCAUCGUAGUUGACUUUACACUGAUCUUUAACACAAACUUCACCGGAAACGCGUCAGUGCUACAAGAUCUUAUUGUCGAAGCAGUAACUGCAGAUGAUGGUUUUGUUAACGGUACUCUAAGUCCAACUGUUUUGAGACUAAUCGCCGAACUUAUAAGCGUCAUUGAUGUAACAUCAUUGACGGGAACUACCAUUGCGACAACAGAAGGUUCCAUUUUUUCAACAUCAACCGAUGUGGCUUCAGAAGCUACCACUGACCUGACCGAUACGGUGACCAAGGUAACGACAUCAGUUCUCACUACAGAAAAUCCAACAGACACAGAAUUGAUUACGACCGACAAACUGACAGGAUCAGUAGCCUCGACACGCUCAACGCCCUUAACAGAUAUUACUACCGAUCUAACUACUGAUGUCCCCUCCAGUCCACAGACAAUGUCAACUGCUGAAACAGAGCUAACAACAACCAUCGACAGCUCAGGAAUCGAUAAGACGCUAUCCACAGAUUCGACUUCCGAACUGAAUACAGAUACUCAAGAGACAACGCCAACUAUUGGCACUGUACAAGAUUCAGCAACCAUCAGCACGGGAACAUUACAGGUAGUGACAACCAUGAGCAAUGGCCAAUCCACACUGACAGAUGAAACGUACUCUACUGACAUAAGAACUGACCCUAUUUCGGACUCGACAUCCACGUCAGAGACAAUGUCAUCUCUUACCACAAGUCAAACUGGUAAUACCAUCAUUGCAGCUACCAACCAGGAAACCACCGUUUUAACUACAUAUAUGACAUUGUCUACUGAUUUAACAACUGAUCUUACAACGGAUUCAACCAUCACUUCGCAGACAACGCUACCUCAUACAUCAGAGCCAGUUACAUCCCACAUCAUCACAGGGACAGAAACGGUAACGUCAAGUUCGACCCUCGAAAGUUCCACGAUGACAGGGACGCCCUUUAUGGAUUCAACGACUGUCCUUACGACGGAACAACACUCCACUCCCCAAACGAUGUCUACUCACGCCACGGAGUCGGUUACAACCACUAUCAACACUGGACCAGAAACGGUUACGGCAAGUACGACCGACGAAAGUUCCACGUUGACAGAUGGACGUGCCUCUACGGAUUCGACAGAUGAUCUUACGACGGUUGCAGUCUCAACCCCAUCGACAAUGCCAACUCCUGUCACAAGUGCAAAUACCUACACUACCGAGGGAGCUGACAAAACAACCGACGGAAUGGACCGAACCACAUCCGAAGAUUUGACGACCUUACGACCAACGUCGAGUGUUCAAACGACAGGCCCGCAAACUACCAAAGCUUCUACGCAGCCAACGGAGAGGAGAGCAACUACAAAACCAGCUACAACAUCCAGGGCAGAGCCGUGUGGAAACAAUACAUGCGGAGCCGAAGAGUUCUGCUCAUCCAUCGGAUCAGCUUGCGAAUGCCUUCCUGGAAAAAUAAGACAAGAUAAUGGACAGUGCAGUGAUGGAUGCAACAACACAUGUAACUUUGACACAGAACUCUGUGAAGGAACCGAAUGCGCAUGCAGGCCAGGGAGAAGAAGGGACACAGCUGGAAAUUGCGAAAAUUUCUUAGAGUAUUCGGUAUCGUGGACCAUCGUCCAGGUCAACAGUUCUGAAGCUAACUUUACAGAUAAUCUUAACGAUCCGACCAGUGAGGCGUACCAAACGCUUGCCGAAGCCGUCUCUAACGCGGUAAUUACUUUUAAUUGCAUAACAUGA